AUGUCUUGUAAUGAAUUAUUGAGUCUGCACAAUGGCCUACAAAUUCCAGUACUUGGAUUAGGAACCUGGCAGGCUUCUGAUGUAGAGAUUGAAACAGCUCUUGAGAUUGCCUUGGAAAUGGGAUAUCGUCACAUUGAUACAGCACUCCGCUAUGGCAACGAAGGAGCCAUUGGAAAAGUCCUUAAACGUUGGCUUGAUGCGGGAAAAAUUAAACGUGAGGAAUUAUUUAUUUCCACCAAAUUGCCUCUGAACUUGAAUCGACCACAUGAAGUGGAAACUACUUUUCAGAAAUCAUUAGCCAAUUUGCAACUUGACUAUAUUGAUUUAUAUCUGAUCCAUACGCCCUUUACUGUAUUUACGAAUGAAGAUGGCAGCGUGAAAUUCGACAAGGAGGGUCUGGUGGAGGUGGAUUCAACAACCGAUCACGUAGCCACCUGGGCGGAAAUGGAAAAAUUGGUAGAGAAAGGCUGGACCAAGUCCAUUGGUGUAUCCAACUUUAGUAAAGAGCAGAUACAGCGUUUACUUAAAAAUUGCAAAAUCCGUCCUGCUAAUCUUCAGAUUGAGCACCAUGUGUAUCUACAACAAAGAGAUCUUAUAGACUUUUGCAAAGCGGAGGAUAUUACUGUCACGGCAUGUUCCCCACUCGGAAGCAAAGGGAAUUAUGUAAAGCUUAAUGCUAAAAACGGAAUCCAAAGAAGAGUUCCUGACCUAUUGGAAAUUCCCGAGGUUAAAGAGAUAGCAGUGGCUCAUAAUAAAACUUCUGCUCAAGUUCUACUGCGUUGGAUCAUUGAAACUGGGGUAUCAACUAUUCCAAAAAGUACGAAUCCUGAGCAUUUAAGAGAGAAUAUGAAUAUAUUUGAUUUUGAUCUGACUGCGGAAGAGAUGGAUAAACUAUUGUCACUUGACCGAAACUUUCGUAUCUGUGACUUGGCCAUGUUUCGAGGAAUCGAAAGGCAUCCGGAGUUUACGUUUAAAAAUCAGUACACAAAGUAG